AUGGCGGCCGACAGCGAGACGGCAAGCAAGAAGGACCUGGGCGCCGAAACCACAGCCAACAACUCGGAUUUCGAAACCGGAGACUCCAAGCCCAUCCAAGAUGAGAAGCUCACGGGAGCGGCCGGCGCAGAGACCGACCCCGUCGCCGACGAGAAGGCCGCCGCCGCCGCCGAUGCAGCUGCAGCCGCAGCCUCGGACGAAUACCCCCAUGGUUUCAGGCUGGUGGUGCUUGUUGCCGCCGUCAUGAUCACCGUCUUUUUGACCUCUCUCGACCAGACCAUCGUCGGCACCGCAAUCCCUAAGAUCACGGACGAGUUCCACGGCCUCAGCCAGGUGUCGUGGUACGGCUCGGCCUACUUCAUGUGCCUGGGCGGCUUCCAGCCCGCUUGGGGCAAGGCCUUCAAGAUGUUCCCGCUCAAGACCACCUUCAUCAUAUCCAUCUGCAUCUUCGAGCUGGGCAGCCUGAUCUGCGGCGUGGCCCCGACGUCCGAGGCCUUCAUCGUCGGGCGGGCCAUCGCCGGCGUCGGCGGCGCCGGCACCGCCAUCGGCGGCACCGUCAUCUCGGCCUUUUGCGCGCCUCCGGAAAAGCGCCCCACCCUGAUGGGCUUCAUCGGCUUCGCCUACACCAUCGCGGCCAUCUUCGGGCCGCUGCUCGGCGGCGCCUUCGCCGACCGCGUCACCUGGCGCUGGUGCUUCUACAUCAACCUGCCCAUCGGCGGCGUCGCGCUCGCGCUCAUCAUCGUCUUCUUCCAGACACCCGAGAUCGCGAAGGUCGACCACGGCAUCCACGGCUGGAGGCAGAAGUUCCUGCACAUGGACCCGCUCGGCAUCGCGCUGGCCAUGGGCGGCAUUAUCAGCUUCAUCCUCGCGCUGCAGUACGGCGGCGUCGAGCACGCCUGGGGCAGCAGCACCGUCGUCGGCCUGCUCGUCGGGUCCAUCGUCAUCCUGGCCGUCCUCUUCGCCUGGGAGCUGACGCUGGCCGGCGACUACGCCAUGCUGCCGUGGCAAGUGCUCGGGCGGCGCGCCAUCUGGGCCCCGUCCGCCUUCCAGGCCUUCUUCGCCGGCUGCUACUUCUUGCUGCUGUACUACCUGCCCAUCUACUUCCAGAGCAUCAAGGGCGUCGACGCCGUGCAGUCGGGCGUCGACAACCUGGCGCUCGUCAUCGCCGGCUGCCUGGCCAUUGUCGCCGGCGGCAUCGCUGUCACUACCAGCCGCCACGCCACGCCGUUCAUGAUCGUCGGCGCCGCCGUCACGGCCGUCGGCUGCGGCCUGCUGUACACGCUCGACGUCGACACGAGCGCCGGCAAGUGGAUCGGCUUCCAGAUCCUGCUGGGUGUCUCGGUGGCGUUCCCCUUCCAGAACGCCCUCAACAUCAUGCAGGCCCACACCAACCCCGACGACAUGUCCGUCGCCACCUCCAUCCUGUACUUCUUCCAAAUCCUCGGCGGCGCCUUCAGCGUGUCGGCGGCGCAGUCAGCGUUCGUCAACCGGCUGAUCGCGACGCUGGCCGAGACGGCGCCCAACGUGCCCCCGCUGCUGGUCGUGGCGACGGGCGCGUCGCAGCUGCGCGGCGUGUUCACGGGCGACAACCUGACCGGCGUCGUGCUCGCCUACAUGCACGGCAUCCGCGCCGCCUUCGCCGUCGCCAUCGGCAUGGCCGGCUUCGCCUUUCUCCUCGCCUUCCUCCUGCCCUUCAAGCGCCUGCCCAAGGGCAGCCCCGGCGACGCCGUCGUGAUGGCGUGA